AUGCCGUCUGCCACGAAGCCCAACAAGAAUCAGCUCCGCAGAGCUCGCAAGAAGGCCCUGAAGGCCGAGGUUCCCAGUGCGCCCGUCGAACCAAAUGGGGAGACCGAAAAGCAGGUGACACCUCCUCCUGCUACUCCCAAGGAUGUAUUAGAGCCUCCAGCCGUCCCCGUCGUCCCUGUGCCAGAUGACCCUCUCUGGGAGAUGUACAAGGAUCUCGCCAACAAGUUUGAGGAAGGGCCGGGGGAAAAUGCUACAACAAAAGAGGUUGAGAAGCCAGAAGUCUACUUUGAUGAUGAAGAUGAGAUUCCUGAUGAGGAGCAAGAGCUGGAGCCGAAGCUGUCCAAGAAGAAGCGAAAGGAGCUGAACAAAUUGUCCGUGGCCGAACUCAAGGCCCAGGUUUCCAAACCCGACAUUGUGGAAUGGACAGACACAUCAGCCACCGACCCACGUCUUUUGGUUCACAUCAAAGCCCAUCGAAAUGUAGUCCCUGUUCCGACGCACUGGUCCCUUAAGCGCGAGUACUUGUCGUCGAAACGUGGAGUUGAAAAGGCCCCCUUUGCUCUUCCCAAGUUCAUCCAAGAGACGGGCAUUGCCGAAAUGCGCGAUGCCGCCUUGGAAAAGCAGGAACAAUCCUCUCUGAAACAGAAGCAACGAGAGAGGGUCCAACCCAAGAUGGGCCGGUUAGAUAUCGACUACCAGAAACUCUACGAGGCCUUUUUCCGCUUCCAAACCAAGCCGGAACUGACCCGAUAUGGCGAGAUCUACUAUGAAGGAAAGGAGCACGAGACCAACCUCAGACAUCUGCGCCCUGGCGAACUAAGCGAUGAACUAAAAGAGGCUCUUAACAUGCCCCCCGGAGCCCCUCCCCCAUGGCUCAUCAACCAACAACGAUUCGGACCUCCUCCAUCCUAUCCUGCGCUCAAAAUUCCGGGUCUCAAUGCGCCUCCACCCCCAGGUGCAAUGUGGGGAUAUCAUCCUGGAGGCUACGGAAAACCACCUGUCGAUGAACAUAACCGGCCACUUUACGGCGGUGAUAUCUUCGGUGUACUGCAACCUCAGCAAAAUGGGCAACAGGGAGAGCCCGUGGAGAAGGAUCUUUGGGGUGAACUGCAGGCAUCUGAAGGAGAAGAGGAAAGUGACGAGGAAGAAGAAGACGAAGAGGAAGAGGGAUCGGACGAUGAGGACGCUGCUGAUGAGGAGAGAGAAACGGGUAUUCACUCUCCUAGUGGCUUGGCCUCCGCGAUACCGUCCGAAUUUGGAGCCACGGAGAAUGUGUCUGGUGAAUUCGAUGUCCGCAAACACCACCGUGGGACCGAAACCGAGGAGUCUGUUCAUCCUCGCAGUGCGUACCAGGUGAUCCCCGAGAAGCAGACCAGCGUCUCAGGAUUCUUUGGUGGUGACCGAGCGUACGAUCUCGCCUCAUCAUCUGGCGCUCAUCCCGUCCUUGGCGUGGACGACCAAACCCGGAAACGAAAGAAGCCUGGCGAUGUGGAGGUGUCAGUUGAUCUGGAUGCCCUCCAAUCUGGGGAUGGUCUUAGCAAGGAACGUCUCCAGGAUCUAUACGAGACCCAGCGACAACAACAACAUCAGCCUCAGUGGGGAUUCCAGGAGGAUCUUAGCGACAUGAUUGCACAGGAGAGUCGGAAGAGACUACGCAAGGAAGAAGAGCGACGAGGCAAGCCUUGA